CCGUCCAGUGUACGUAGUAAACUAAAAGAUGUGUUACUUGUUUCAUUUUUUGAAACCAUGAAUCGAUACCGAAAUUUGCCAGGCCAUGAUAAUAUUAUGGUAUUAGUGGCCAGAUUUUAAAAUGCGAAAUUUUGAUCGGGUAACGAUAUUCUGCAGUUCUAUUGCAGUAGAUGCACAACGACUUUCCCAUGGAUUUGAAACUUGGUCAUUGUGUUAACUACUCAAUAAUGGCAUCUGCCUGACUUUUGCUACCAUUUCCAUAAUGGAAUCUCGUCGUCAGCGGACGCUGCCAUCAACACGAAGUCGAAGUUCUCCAGCAGGUGAUCAUCGUUCCCUAACUCUUAGCGACACGAUCAGAGAGCUGUCUGAUCAAGAGCAUCACUUGGAGAGUCAACUGGAGAAGCUGCAAGAGAGGAAAAAAUCCCUUUUGAAACUGCUGGAGAAACCAUCUACAGCAGCAGCCAGCUUGCAAGCUUCUCCGACGAACGAUAGUCGUUCCCAACUGGUCGCUCAUGUCCCGCGAUCGAAGCCAAGGGAGCGCGUGAAUCUCUUGGCCGAGCAGACGCGCCGUCUUAACGAUGAUCUACAAACGAAGCUCCGAGAAUUAGAUGCCAAAGGACCCGCAGCCGAAUUCCAGGAGAACGAUCCGUAUAAUUUUCUCAACACAUAUAUCCGCAAGAUGGGUUACUUGCAAGUGGCUCAGAAAGCGAAGAAACGUCCUCGACGGGAGCGACCACUGGUCGCCAGUCGAGGGGAGAAUGGACCGGUGGAGGCAACCAUUAAUUCUAAAAAAGAUGAUUACGCCAGUGAUUUCGAUGUGUCUGUGGUGACGCCUGUUGUUCAGGAGCGGAUUGCACCCAUUCCCUUUAUUGAUGAAGAAGCCAAAGAAAAUGUGGCACAUGCAGGGCAGAGUGGAGUUGGCGAUAGUGCCAUGGAAAAGUCGAAUAAUGUCGUGGAAGAAUGGUUGGAGCAUUCGUUUGGGAAGGGUUUGGAUAACAGCUCCGACCAUAGUCACAACACUGGGCGCAUGUCCAGUGAAUCGGGUUUGGUUGUGGAGAAAACGCCGAAACGGGAGAAUAUCACUGAUGCCCGAACAUCAUCCUCUUCUUCGUUAUCAGCAGAAGAGAACGAAGUUUCCUUAAUAGAAAAUGAGCCCCCGCCAAAGGAUGAAUUUUUCGAAGCUGAUCCCGUGGAUCCACCGAAAUUUCCCGUUCUGACUAUCCCGCCACUCAACUUCGCCAACCUUCGCGUGUCCACUCCACCUGUGAAUGAAGUCAAACCGUCUUUUCACAGUGACAAACCAGCUUCCCAGUCCAGCUCGACUGCUGUGUCGGUGCCGGUACAGAUAAGCAGCCCCUCAUCCCGCUCCAGCAGUCCGAAGCGGCUCAGCACACCGGAAGGAUCGGGCUCGGAAGUGUCGGUGGCCUUCUCCCUCAGUUCCGCCUCCAAAGUUACGCCCACUGAGCCGCUCACUCCACGUCAAAUCCGUUUUGAGAUCAAGGAAGAGCGCCCAGUGGUUUCUGUGGAACCUCCCCACUUUCCUGCGGACUUUGUCCCGCUGCACCCGAUAGUGCUUCCUGUGGACACUGACGCUAUUGAGAAGCUUGCCGAGGACAUCACGCAUCGAUCAGUUGCGGACGAGAGUGUUUCAAUCGCGGAUUCGGUUGUUGAAAGGUACUCUGAUGGUGAGAUUGGGAAUCAUGCAGCGACUGGUUCCACGGAAAAGGAGUUUCGUUUGCACAUCAAUGGCGAUGAUAAGAUGGAUCAAAACACCGAAUUGGACAAAGUGGAUAGCAAUGUUCAUGACAUCGUAUCGCCAACGCUUAGUCCGAUGCUCUCCAUUCCAGAUGCUUUCGUGGACGAUUUUGACACUUUUUCGGACGAUGAAGGUGUUCAAAAUCAACCAGACCGAGUGAAAUCUCCCCCAAAGAAAACUGAAACUGCCACCCAUGACGAGAGCAAUGCCAACGAAAACCGCAGCGAUAUUGCAUCGAUUCGAAGUGAUUUCUUGUCAUCCAGCCAUUCGGAAAUUGGCCAGGCUGGUGUGAAUCUGCAAGAUUUUGAUAACAUUGAGGUGGAUACUAUUUUGUCAGAUAUUGCCGUUCACGAGACUUUUGAUUUGGAUCUCCGUUUCCCAUCCAAAAAUGCGCAGGAAUUGUCCUCUGUUGAAGAUGAAUUAGAACAUGGAGAACUACUACCUGCAGCCGAUGAUAUUGUGUCGGAAAGCGGCGUGACCGUGUCUAUUGUGGAUGAGGUUGAUGAUCUCCCCGCGAAUGCAUGUGAAAAAGAGAUUGAAGAAGUUAACAACGAUAAUUCGGGCGGUGACAAGAAAGUGGAUGGAAAUGAUGAUCUGUUUGCUGGGCGUAAAGUUGGGGCGGUGGAUGGUGGAGAUUUGGAUGCUGCACAGGAAUCAGCUAGAUCCACUUCGUCGUCUGGACAUUCUAUUAUUGACGAUCUACUGGGUGUAACGCGGUCGAUAGUCAACGGAUACUCACCAGAUGUGAAUGUUUCGCCUCAAUCGUCGCCUAGACUAAAUCUUUCGAACAAUGCCUCUCCAUCCUUAUCACCUAAACAAGCAUUUAAACCGAUUGACAUUUCGUUGCCAUCGGACGACUGGAUGGAAGAUGACAUCUUUACCGCCGUCCACAAUCCUGUAGUGAUGCCAGAAGUGGCUGAAACCGUUACGGAAUCGACGGAAAAGUUGCGUAAGCAAGGUGAAUAUACGCGCCAGCACAAAGUGGACAGUUUCUAUGCCGUGGUGGACGCAAUGUGCCGCCUGAUCCAUCAACAAGCACUUUCCGCCUCAUAUAAUUCUUUUCAUGAGAUUUCCUCUGACGCCGAUCAGCAUGAAGAAGAAGCUAUGCUGUUUGAUAGUAUAAUUGAUGUCUGCGAAGAGAAAUUCAUCUUCCCGGGAACUCCGACACGGAAGCUGCAACUCUCUAAGGUCAAAUUGCCCAGCGAUGCAGAUCAUUUUGUGGCACUGGUAUGGAAAUCGGUAGAGGAUGUGGCGGCUCGAAUGGUGCUUCCGGAUGUAGCGCUGCAUGCUGGCCGAAUGGAACAAGAUGAUGUGGAACAACAGAUGGUUUACGAUUUGGCCUUCCAGGAUUUGGAGCGCAACGAGGCACAGUGGUGUGAUUUCAAGCAGAGUGAGGCGAUUCUCAAGGAAGAAUGUGUCAGUGUGGUGUGGAACGAUUUGAUUAAUGAGUACUUGAUUGAACUGAAGAAAACUGCCGACAAGCGCAGUGACCUGCCGACAACGGACGUUGCAGGAUGGUAGAUACUUGUAUUAAAAUUGAAUCUGGAUUUUUAGACAAUGAUCUGACAGCUUCUCUUUUUUUUAUGUGCUGUGACAUUUUUUAUGGUGAUUUGGUAAUUUAUUUAAAUAAUUGGGUUCCGGUCAUUUGCCAUUUUUGGCGCUGUAAUAUAUUCAGUUGUACAUUCUUUUAAGCAGUUGGUUAAACCUUGUGGUGAUGGUGAAUGGUUUUUGGUUUUAUUCAAAAUGUGAAACUUGA